AUGUCCGCAUUCGUCCAAUGGCUUAACCGCGAGACGGGGCUACAAUCCAUCUGCAUCUACGGCAACACUGACAUAUACCUGAUCCUGUUAACUCGAUUUCUACGCAUGUUUGCCUACGGUGGCGCCGCCCUCGUUCUGGCAAUCUUCCUAUAUACUCAGGCUGGAGUUGAUUGGAAGAAGAUUGGCACAUUCAUGACCUUGACGUUACUGGGAGACGCCGCGAUCAGUUACGGGCUGACAAUCGUGGCUGACAAGAUUGGCAGAAGACGUGUGUUGCUAAUAGGAUCUUUGCUAAUGAGCCUGGCUGGGACGGUGUUCGCCUUGAGCAAGAAUUAUUAUCUGCUUCUGCUCGCUGCUAUUGUGGGUGUGUUAUCCCCUGGAGCACAUGAAGUGGGACCGUUUCGCGCAGUUGAAGAAGCAAUUCUUGCUCAACUCUCCCCCAUCGAAGCUCGCACAGACAUCUAUGCGUGGUUCGCCGUCUCAUCCACUCUCGCAAUGGCAUGCGGCCUGUUUGUGACCGGGUGGAUAACCUAUGCUCAAAAGACAUACAUGGGGCGUGACUGGAAAGAGACGUACCCUCCUGUUUUUGGUCUCUAUGCACUCAUAGGUUUGAUCAAGUUUUCCAUCACGUUCCUUCUCAGCAAGAACUGCGAAGCCAGCGCGGCGGGACAAUAUUCCUGGGCCGCGACUACGACGACAACAACAACUGCAGUAGACGAAGUGGGAUCCCCUUCAUCGGAGCAGACCAGGCCUCUCCUGGAUGGCAUUCCUCGUCGGUCAUCGAUCCCAAAGCAAGCAAACGUCAGAACUGCACCUCGUGCUACUCGACUCUCUCAAACCAACUCCUUCUCCCGCCGCCUCCGCUCAUCACUCAGCUCGCCCUGGAAAGUCUCCCGCUCGUCUCUGCCCAUCCUCCUCCGCCUCUGUUUCCUGUUCGGUCUGAACGCCUUCGCCUCAGGCAUGCUCCCCGUAACCGUGAUGAGUUGGUACAUGUCCUGGCGCAGCCGAUGGUUCUUAACUCACCGGAUCGGCUAUGCUUUAAGCGUGGUCUGGCUCGCUGCGAGUCUCUCCAAUUUGUUCAGCGCCGCUGUGGCAAGACGGUUGGGUCUCGUCAAAGCCAUGGUUUGCACGCACUUACCCAGUGCUUUGUUUUUGGCACUUGUUCCGCUGGGGCUGGUGGCCUCGGGUUGGGAACUGUUACUGAUGCUCUUGCUCGCGGACGCGGUAUUGGGCUCCAUGGAUCAGGCUCCCCGCGAGGCGUUCGUCGCGGCGGCUUUUCUACCCCGUGAGAGGACCCAGGUCAUGGGAACUCUCAAUUUUGUGAGGACCUUGGCGGCGAGUUUGGGCCCGGUGGUUACGGGAGUCGUGUGGACUAAGCAGAGAUGGUGGGUGCCAUUUGAAUUGGCAGCUGUUUUGAAGGUGUGCUAUGAUGUAGGCCUGUUGAUCAUGUUGUUGAAGACGCCUUUGCCAGAGGAACAUCGGAGGGCUGUAGGUGGUUCGGUAGGUGGCGAGAGUCAACAGAUGAGAAUCACCGCUGCCGACAUGGAUGUCAACGUUCUGUUAGACGAGUUGGCUACCAACAGCGGCGGACUGAUUCCGCCGAGCGAGUUUGAAGUGAGUGAUGGCGAAGGGGAGGACGAAGGAAUGUUAGUCACGGAGGUGCGGGAAGAUGCUUCGGGGCUACCAAAGUACGAUGAAUAG